UGUUUAUGGUUACCAUAGUAACAUGGCGAGGUGCGACGGGACUUCACGUCGGACACGUUUAUGAAAGGAAAUAGAGCGAUUUUUUUUAAUCAAAGCACAACCUUCUGGCUCUUCUAAAAACAGGUGAAUCAAACAGUGAGCUCAGUUGUCCCAAAAAUGCCUCUGGUCGUGAUGGACUACGUCUGGACCCAGACGGAGACGACGCUUUACAUUAAUGUGCCUCUAAAAGGAACGAAUGCCGGGAAGGUAGACAUUGUCUGUACGGACGAUUACCUCAAGGUGCAUUUCCCGCCUUAUCUGUUUGAAGCCUUCUUGUUUGAGCCUGUUGAUGAUGACAGAAUCGCAGUAAGGGUUGCAAAUGGAUGUGCAGUCAUCACUUUGCCAAAAAGGACCAACAAAGUGUGGAAGCAUCUGAUGAUAAGUACGGAUAAUAAAGAAAAAAUGGAGAUCAGACAGGGGGCCCUGUUAAAAUACCAUGAAAAGCUUUCUUCAGAGUCUAGAAACAAGGCAGCAAAACAACAAGAAGAGAACAAAUAUGCUCUGGAGACAGUGAUAAAGCUUGAAAAAGAGGAACGAGACAGUAUCCAGAAGAUAAAGGACGCAGAACAAGAGAAAACCACACAAGAGUUGGCUGCAUGGCAUUUCAGACAACAACAAAAAGCAGAGCAGGAUGUCCAGCUAAAAUUGCAAAAUCAAAAAGCCAAAGCACGCCAAGAGACAGAGAGGCAAAAAUGUGGACCUCCCAACCAAGAAAAAAUGAAAUUGGAUCAAGGAAGCAACAGUAAUGCAAAGAGCAAGAAAGCCCAACAUGAACUCCCUCCUCCAAGACUCAGUGGAAACAUUCAAGUUACAUUCACCCCAAGAAUCUUUCCAACACCUCUCAGAGAGUCCAGACUUCCAGAGGAGGAGGAGUGGCUGAGAAAACAAGCUGAAACCCGACGAAAAGUGAAUGUGGAUGUUGGUGAGCUAAAAGACCUGAAGGAAGAGGAGAGGAACCCUUACUGGUUAAAGGACAAAGGAGACAAAUGUUUUGCCACUGGGGACUUCCUGGGAGCAGUGAAUGCCUAUAGCUUGGCUAUCAGGGUUAUGGGGAAGAUCCCUGCUUUGCAUUCGAACAGGGCCGCAUGCCAUCUGAAGUUAAGAAAUUUUCACAAGGCCAUUGAAGACUCCUCUCAGGCACUUGAUCUGCUGACUCCACCAGUCCCUGCCAAUGCAGCUGCCAGAGUUCGAGCUUUUGUCCGUCGAGGAUCUGCCUUCUGCGAGCUGCAGGCCUAUCCAGAAGGGCUCCAAGACUUCCUUGCUGCUCUGAAGAUUGACCCUAAUAAUGAAGCGCUGUUGGUGGAUACACAGAGAAUCAGAGACAUCAUUCAAGGAUCUGCUGUCAAUCCUCCCAGUGAGACAGAGUGACACACAGGGCAUGUGCUUUGUAUGUUAUAUUCAUGAAAUGUUUUACAGAGGGCUGGUUUCAGGUUCUUUAUUAAAUAUUAAAAAUUCUUGUAUUUUAUUUACAAAGGUCAUACAUUUUUAUCCAUCCUUAGCUUUCAAAUGUAUUCUGUACAUCCUUUGUAAACAACAUCCUUUGAAAAAUACAGACUUUUGAAUUGUAUCAUAGGUAAAGCCAGGCUACUUUUGUAGUGUCUAGUGUCUCAUUAAGUAAUACCAUUCUUAGUUUUAAAUGAUUUUCAUGAUCAGUUAAUUGUAUAUUAUAUAAAAUGUUGGGGGGGAAAAGAAAUCCAUGUUGAUGUCAUAUUGUGUCCAGUAAAGUCCAGCAUAUUCAGUUCACAAAAAUCCAUUUUUUUUGUUUUGUAUAUCCAAUUUAUGGUCACAGUGUCGCUGGAACUAUUACAGUCGGGUAAGAGGCAGGUUACACCUUGGAGAGGUUGUUAGCUUGUUACAGGGUCAGAGUCACACAUUACAAACAAACAUUCAUGCCAACAGCCAUUUUAGAAGCACCAGUUAAAAGGGAACAGUUAAACGUGAGCUUUUUAAAGGAAUAGGUAAAAUAAGGAAUAGAGCAAGAGAUAAAUAAUAAUUAAUAAUUAAAGUGGUGUAUAAACACACAGUAAGUGAAAAAGGUGACUGAAGAAGAAACAGUCACUGCAUCAUGCACCAGCCAAGAGAUAUCUCUCCAGUGUGUCCAGGGUCUGCCCUGGAGGCUCCUUCUGGUGGGACAUCCUCAGAACAUCUCAGGCAGGAGGUACCGAGGAGGAAUCCUUGUCAGUGUCACUUCUACUGGCUCAUUUCGAUGUGGAAGAAUAGUGGUUCUACUCUGAGCCCCUCCAAAAUGGCCAAGCUCCUCACCCUAUCUCUAAGGGAGAGCCCAGCCUACCCUUCGAGAAAGCUCAUUUCCACAGA